AUGAAGAUCCACAAAGUGAUGACAUGCAAAGUGACGACCUACAAGAUGAUAGCUUGCAAGGUGAUGACCUACAAGGUGAUGAUCUACAAGGUGCUGACCUACAAGAAAGUAAUGAAAUUAGUAACGAUGAAGAUGAAGUUAAUGAUGAAGAUA